AUGUGUCCUACUCUCAAGAUAGAGUUGGCUCGCAUCAAUGAGUCUCAAGCCAAGUCUGCCGCUUCAACUAUCCCCUUCAGUCCUGGCCUGUCUUGUAUGCCCACUUUCCCUGCCCCUGGGCCUGGCGUGCAGUCAAAUAUCGCGCAAUAUUAUGUUGUGCGGCCAGAUCAGGUUAGUCCGGUGGUAGCAGCCAAGAGAAUGCGAGUCGAGGUGCUUAAACAGAGAGCUCAAAAUGCACUUUAUGGCCAAAUUGGGUCUCAAGGACGAGCAGUGCCAUAUGAACAGGCGUACUAUCAAACUGCUGCGUGGGUUGCGGCACAGCAGCAGCAAACUAAGCUUCAAUAUCAAACCCCAUCUCACAACCAGUCAAUAACCAUUCCACGCCCGCCCUCUCCUCCAAUCGCAGGCCUAUGCCUGCAUUGUACCGAAGCUGUUGGUUCAGUGAAAGCAAUUCAACAAGCCCAACCGUACUAUGGCCUGACCGAAGAAGAGGUCAUGGGUGCAGGGACCUGGCGCUUCGUCGUCGAAUCCUACAGAACUGCUUAUGAGCUCGUCAACAACUGGGUUGAAUGUAUAAGUGCCAUCAAUCCUUUGGCUGGCCGUUACGCCUCCCUCGAUUAUCCUGGCUUCCCAUUCCACCUCGCCCUCCCACCUUACACCCCCUCUCCAUACUCGGAAAUGGAAUCAAUGGUCGAAGAACUUAACAAGGAAAUCAUGAUGCGGAAGAUGCAUACCAUGAUCGUCGAAAACCAUGAAGAAGUUCGAGCCAUCAAGAAACGAUAUGCUGAGGAGGGUUCCGCCUACUACGAAAACAAUCCUUAUCGUUUCGUCAGCCAUGCAGCUGCCGAGGACCCCUUCACAGAUGACGUCGAACUAGGCGACGUUCCUGAGAUUGUGCAUCCCUUGUUGCAUAACCAGCCUCAGAAAGGAAGUUUCACUGCCCCGAAGCAGAGAGUUAGCAGGGAGGUGAGAGACAAUGUCUGCGUGCGAGAAAACAGCAACAAGUCGCCUACCCCCGCUCCUAGGUACUUGCAUGGAGUCAGCCUCCUAGAUGUCAAUUUGGCUACAUCUAUGGACAUUGACGAAGGAACAGACACUGAUUGGUUCGCGUUUACUGAUCGCAACACCGAUACGGACACUGAUAUGACUACGGAUAUCGAUGACGAUGAUGGCGAUACUGUGGUGUGCCCGGGCUCGAUUACUGAUUGUAGCCCUAUGGUCAUGAGCGGUAUACCAGCAUUGACCUUUGACAACACGCCAUCUCGUACCACAAUUACAUCCAUCUCGACACCUAGCACGGCACCUAGACCCCGGAAGCGUAUACGAAUCCAGGAAUCUUUGCCGGAGCGUUGGCGCAGUGCCUUGAGACCUCGUCAGCACUUGCGCGAUGAUUCAAUGAAUGGACUGUACCUUGACUAG